GGGAGGGGUCUGCCACAAGCUCUCUACUAAUUGCCAAGGAGGAUGGAAAAGAGAUUGUGCAAAUGACGUGCGACUCCUCUUUUCAGCCUCUACGCCUUCUUCACUCCUCCUUGUGUCCGCCGCGCGCAAGAUGAGCGCCACUUUGCAAACUUUGGAGUCACGCCCGCUUCCUCCGCUUUUUCAUCUAUGGGGGUAACGACGAGCCCCGGGAGGCAGUCGCGCGCCGGAGCGCCGGCUACGUCCGCGGAAGAGAGCCCGAGCGCAGCCGAGGAUGAGACGCCUUUGACUGGCGUAGGAGACCCCGAGGAGGAGCGGCUGAGUGAGUUCUAUGUGGAAGAAGAGGAUGAUGAGGAGGAAGAAGUUUACUACUCAGAGCUCUCCUCAGAGGGUUCGGUGGACUAUGGAUUCAUCGCUGCCGUCUCUUGCCUGGUGACGGGCAUUUCCCUGGUGGCCAUCUCGUACGCGGUGCCUCGGGAUGUGCGCGUCUCCGCGGAGGAGAAGGAUGCGGUGGCGGCGCGCGAGAUGGAGCGGCUCCAGCGGGAACGUGCGCGACUGGGCGCACACUUGGACCGCUGCGUCAUCGCCGGUCUGUGCCUGCUCACGCUGGGAGGCGUGCUGCUCUCCAGUCUGCUCAUGGCGUCCAUGUGGAAGGGGGAGAUGAUGCGCAGGAGGGCACUCGCGCACGCGGCCAAGCGUGAGCACAACCUGUACGGGGCCAUCGGGUGGGGGGCCACGGCCGGCUCGCACCCGGACCCUGGCGCUUAUUUGUCCGCCCCUGGUGAUGACUCGGUUGAAUUUUGAAUUGGAGGAACUUUUUUCUUCUUUUAAAUUGUUAUCUUCAUUUUGUAUUCUUGAAUUCCUUUAAAGACAGACUCUGCCCCAUGUGUUUUUGGUUUCGUCGGCCACUUUAUUAGGUACACCUUUACAGGUCCAAUGCAAAUCAUGCUCAGUUCUGAUUUAUUUUGAUUUUUUUUAUUAUUAAAAUCGAUUUCUAAAACAGCAUAAUGUUGUAGCCACAUUUGCGGAGAAAAAAAAAUCUUGAAAAAUUACUUACGUUUUACCAAAAGCCUGAGGAACCUCCCUCAGUGUAUAAGAGUUGUAUAAAUUGUCUGUGUAAAUAUGCAUUUGUACUGUAUAUAGAAAUAUAUGUAUGCAUAUACAGUAUAUGCACACUCUCACUCUAUACAGCUUGUCCUAAAAAAUGUAUACACCCUUUUGCAGCUAAUAACUUGACACGUUCACACUUGAACUGCAUUUUCAUACUUCGGUAGCAUUUGAGAGUUAUUCCUUCAAAGUUUAGUCUGGCUCCUGCCAUCAUUGAUUCUAUGGGUUUAAUCUACAAAAAUCCAUUGACAAUUUGGUUACCAACUACUAAAGAGUAUGCAUUUUUUGGGACUCUCUAUAAAUACUGCAUUUAUAUGCACACACUAUACAAACUUGCACUAUGUAACACUGAAAAUCAAAAUUCCGUGAAAAAUCCAAUUGAAUCAGAAUGCUAAACAGUAAAUUGUGUACUUGUAGAGCAUUUUAUCUUCACCAAACAGCUUUAAACAGCCUCAAAUGGACUUACUCAUGAGCUACCUUUUGAACGUAGGCGCGUUAUUUUAAUUUAGUUUUGUCUUUAUCCGAUUUCGCUUUUCCACGCCCACUCGGAUGCCAAUUUGAGUCAAUGGUGAUUCAUGCACAGCUUUGUACAUAUAUAGUGUAUACACUCUUUAACGCAUGCACAUAUCUUAGUCAAUUCAUCUAACAACUAGUUAGUUCGAAUAAUCGAGUCAUCGGAUUAGGAACAUUUAAUGCGUUACAGAAUAAAUUUCAGGAGAUGUAAAACAAAGGCUUGCUAAGAUUGCAAUUUCAAAAGAGCCAUUACAUGCGAUUACAAAAAAAAAAUUCAGUGUUUUUUUAAACUAUGCAGAAUUGCACUUUCAUUUAAAAAUACAUUAAAAUACCUGAGCUGAGCCUCACAUGGUAUUAAAAAUAAAAAGGCGGAUUUAAGUACAACAAAAAAACAAUUGGCCGACUUGCAUAGCAAAAGUCCGCUAGCUUAAAUCAUAGACUUCAUAAUGAUAUUGACUGGACACGGGGCGCGGAGCUGAAUAAUGGGGGGCCUGCAUUGUUGGCGUGGCCGUCAAAGCUGACCGAGUGGAAUCACAGACAAAGAGCUUUUUUCGUUGAAAAUUCUUGUGAAUAAAUGCUUAAAUCCCUGAAUUCUUAAUAGCUAUGAACGUAAAACAGUCUUGAUUCUUAGUUAAAAGCAAAAAAAAAAAAAAACGUGCAGUUAGCAUUUAUUUUACGUAAAUAUGUCGAAGUACAAUGCUAGUCUUUUUGUCAAUGUGGCGGCCGCCAUAUGUAAACAGAGCUUUUUUGUUGAAAAUUCUUGUGAAUAAAUGCUUAAAUCCCUGAAAUCUUUAUAGAUAUAGACAUAAAACAGUCUCGAUUCUUGGUUAAAAGAAGAAAAAAAAACGUGCAGUUGCCAUUUAUUUUAUGUAAGUAUGUCAAAGAAUGAUGCUAGCCUAUUAGACAAUGUGGCGGCAGCCUUACAGCAAAGAGCUUUUUACGUUGAAAAUUCUUUUGAAAAAAACGAAAAAUAAUAAUAAUGACCUUGAAUCCUCGAACAAAUCAUUCCUUAGACAAUCCUUUCUGUUUGUAUGCAGUACAGCUUUAGUACUUUUUCAACAUAAAUCAGGCGUUGGAUCGCUGCAUGUGUCGCUGCAACUGACUGCGAAUAACUGAGGCGGAUUGUGGGCCCCUACUAGAUGGCAUGGCGCAGUGAAGGUCGAAUCUGACCAGUCAAUAUCAUUAUGAAGUCUAUGCUUAAAUGCUAUAAAAUGCUAACUUUUUUUUUUCACAAUACUCCUAACAAAUCGUUCAAACACAUAUUCCCACAAAAAAAAAAACCCAGCUAAAUAUACCUAUAAAUUAAAUUACAAAUGUAUUUAAAAAAAAAAAAAAACAUUCGCUCAAACACAAACUUACCUUAUGUAGGUCUUAGCAGGGAGCAGCUCAAUUCUGCCAUGUUAAAAGAGUUAUGUCAUUUUCAUUGUUGCCACUAGAGGGCAGUUUCUACACCCAAAUCAAUAAAACUAAAUGCAAACAUUUUCAAAACCAUUAAAACACUACUCAUAAGUAUAUGAAGACUUGAAGCAGCAAAAUUUUGAUUCAAAGCUUUUUUCUAAUCAAAUUACUCGAGUUAAUUGAUUAAUCAUUGCAUCGCUAAUAUACACAGUGGUACUUCUACUUGCGAAAUUAAUUAGUUCUGGAAGUAGUUUCGUAACUUGAAAUUCUGUAAGUAAAAACGCGUUUUCCAUGUAAAUGCCCUAAUCCGUUCCAAGCCCCACCCCCAAAAAAAUCAGACGUAAAUCUUUUAUAAUGCAUAAAAAUGCAUCAAAACAUGUGACAAAUACAUGUUACAAUUAGAUUAUUGCACAAUAAACAUACAAUUAGAGUUGUGCAUGAUGUAAAAAACCAUGAAUAGAGUUAAGAAUAAAAGUUAAUACUCUCAUGUAAAGCUGUGUGAACAUGAAAGGUGAAUGAGGAGGACGCUGGGAUACACACAUACACAUACAGUUGAGGUCCCGCCCAGCCGAUUGGAUGCCAGGAAUGCUAGGCAAUAGCCAAUGGCAGAGCAGCUAUAAGUACCAUAUUUUCCACACUAUAAGGCGCACCUUCAAUUAACGGCCUAUUUUAAAAGUGUUUUUAUAUGAAGGGUGCACAGCAUUAUUAAGGGGCAGUAGUAGUAGUAGUAGUGGUUGGGGUUGCGUUAUGUAUCCACUAGAUUAAGCUGCACUAAAGUGAAUGUCAUGUCAUGAUUAGCCAAUAUUGAUCUAUAUGAGGUGCGGCUUUUAUUGCGGAAAAUACGGUAUGUUACGUUCAGUAAACUGCAUGUUCCACCCAUACUGUAUUUUUGCCUUUUGUGUCAUGAAAUUUCUUUCGUAAAAAUAGGCAAUAUAUUCCUGUUGAGGCGUGUCUUAACCUCAAAAUUCCGUAUGUAGAGACAUUCGUAAGAAGAGGUACCGGUGUAGUGUCUAUGUGUUGAUAUAAUAUUUUGGGGGGAGUAUUAAAAAAACUGUUUUUAUAAUUUCCCACAAAAUGCUUUAAAACCGUAAUAAUUUAAAUUUGCUCAUUUAUAUCGGCAUCGUCCUUUUCAGAGCCCCCCCCCCAAAAAAAUGGAGCCCAAAUUUUAUGCGUGUGAUGCAUCACAUUUUAGCAGAUCCAUAUGACUAAAGUUUUGUUAAAUUAAUCACAUCAGUGGAGGUGCACCGAAUGAAUUAAUAAACAAGCAUAUCAAAUAUAAAGGCGAUUUACUUCCAAAAGUGUUUGAAUGUCGGAUAUUGCGCCGUUCAAUCCCUGCAGAGACUUAAAUGACUCGCAAGUUAUGUUUAGAGAAUGAACAAAACGAUGAAUGCAGUGUCUUUUGCUCUGAACCUUGACGUUUGUGACUCACUGUUGGAAGUCAUUCAUCUCAGAAAUGUAUGCUAUACAAGAUUUCUCUAUGUGUCUCUGAAUGCAUGAAUACAUCAAUGCUUUCAAUGUUGUUGUUGCUCAUGGACAAAUGAGUCACCCUGAAUAAAAU